ACGCGACUAAUAUAACUCAAACGGAAACCGUUGGGCGUAUUCAGAUUGAAAAGAUUCAUGUUAUACAGACAUCACAAAAAAGCGUUAAAUGUAAUUUGCGCCCAACUCUCUAAAAUAGCUUUCAAUGUCAAGGUAAUCAUAAGAGAAGAAUAGUUUCAGUAUUGAGAAGAAUCACAAGUCCAAGAAUAUAAUAAUUGUUAAGAGAACCUACUCUGUACCGGCACGAAUCAGUUAGGUUUUAACGUCCAGUUCGGGUGUAUAUGUUUCGAAGGAACAGUGAAAUAACAGUGAUUUUUUUUUAAAUCAGUGAGUUUAUUACUUUUAUAGUGUGUGUUGAUUGUAUAAAUAUAUUUUUCGAAGAUGUCGUUUUGGUCUUCGUUUACUACCGGUCUUAGAAAUUUCGGUACCAGAAUCGGAGAAUUCUUCGGCAGAAAGAAAAAAGAAGUGAAUAAAGAAGCAGAACAAAUAGAGAACUCAGCUGAAGCUCAAGCACAAAGGACUAUAGACGUAGCUGAAGAUGCUGCACAAGACUUAACAAUAACGACUGCUACAGAAACCAAAAAUCAUUUAAACGACGAAAUUAAACAAGCGGAAGAUGAAGCUAAAUCUGUGGAACAUACAAUACAAAACGCAAGCAAAACAGUUGAUGAUAAAUUAAACGAAGCGAAUAACGCAAUAAAAAAUACAGUUCAAACGGCUGAACAAAAAUGGAGAGAGACAGAAGCACAAGUAGCACAAAGAGUAAAAGAAACAGAAGAUUUUGCUGAACAGAAAAGGAGGGAAUUGGCUAAUACCCUGAAAAGAACUGGACAAAAUGUAGAUAAUAAACUCCAUUCGGCUGCUAUUUCAGCCGAGACUCAAAAACAUUCUUUAACAGAAGGUCUGCACCAAUUUGGAGAAGAUCUUCAUCGAGGAGGUCAGAACUUUCUUACUGGCAUUCAAAAUGUUGGGCACAAUAUUAAUAACAAAAUGCAUGGUGUUUCGGAAACCACCGAAGCCGAAACAAAGUCAGCGGCUUGUGGGUUACAAAAAGUUGGUCAAAAUUUGGAAAAUCAAUUAAAUAAAACAGAAGAAAAUCUCCAUAAGGAAAGUCAAGACGUUGCAGAAAACAUACAAAAUAUGAGUCAAAAAGCUUCACAUAAUGCAGCCGAAGAAGCACAUAAAUUUGCAAAAAAUGUAGAUGAAAAAUUGAAAGAUACUGCGGAAGAUGCUAAAAAGGCUGCAGAAAAAACAGAAAGUCAAGCUCAUAAUGUUGGUGCUGGUCUGAUGAAUUUUGGUAAAGAAGUCGACAACAAACUUCAAGAAUCGGCGCAAGCUGCGAAAAUAACCACGGAGAAAGCUGUAGAUGAAGCAAAAACUACUGCACAUGAUACAAAGCAAGGAAUCGAUAAUGCUUUGCAUAAGACAGCUGAAUGUGCCCAAAACGCGGCACAUAAGACUUUUGAAGGCGCCAAAAACAUUGCCCAUAACAUUGGAGAGGGUUUCACGAAUUUUGGUAGAAACGUCGAUCACAAACUUCAUGAAUCUGUUGAUAGUACUAAACAUGUUGCACACAACACAGCAGAAGGUGCCCAAAACGCUGCACAAAAGGCUCGUGAAAAUGCCGACAAUACAGCCCAUAACAUUGAGGAGGGUUUGUUGAAUUUUGGUAGAAACGUCGACCACAAACUCCAUGAAGCUGUAGAUAGUACUAAAAAUGCAGCACAUAAUACAGCAGAAGGUGCCCAAAACGCUGCCCAAAAGGCUCAUGAAAGUGGUAAUAACAUAGUCCAUAAUAUUGGAGAGGGUUUAUUGAAUUUUGGUAGAAACAUCGACAACAAACUCCAUGAAUUUGUUGAUGGUACUAAAACUGCUGCACAAAAUACAGCAGAAGGUACCCAAGAAAUUACGCAAAAAGCCCGUGAAAGUGCAGACAAUACAACCCAUAACAUUGAAGAGGGAUUGUUGAAUUUUGGUAAAAACGUCGACCACAAACUCCACGAAACUGUUGAAGGGACUAAAACUGCUGCACAUAAUACAGCGGAAGGUGCCAAAGAAGCUGCACAAAAGGCUCGUGAAAGUGGCGAAAAUGUAGCCCAUAAUAUUGGAGAGGAUUUAUUAAAUUUUGGUAAAAACGUCGACUACAAACUCCAUGAAACUGUUGAUAGUACUAAAAAUGCUGCAGAAAAUACAGCAAAAGGUGCCCAAAAUGCUGCCCAAAAAGCUCGUGAAAGUGCUGAAAAUACAGCUCAUAAUAUCAGCGAGGGUUUGUUGAAUUUUGGUAGAAACGUCGAUCACAAACUGCAAGAGUCGGUAGAGAGUACUAAAAAUGCUGCACAAAAUACAGCAGAAGGUGCCCAAGAGACUGCGCAAAAAGCCCGUGAAAAUGCAGGCAAUACAGCCCAUAACAUUGGAGAGGGAUUGUUGAAUUUUGGUAGAAACUUUGACCACAAACUCCUUGAAGCUGUCGAAAGUACUAAAACUGCAGCACAAAAUACAGCAGAAGGUGCCCAAAAGGCUCGUGAAAGUGGCGAAAAUGUAGCCCACAGUUUUGGUGAAGGUUUAUUGAAUUUUGGUAGAAACGUCGAUCACAAACUGCAAGAAUCUGUAGAAGUUGCAAAGAAUACCACAGAAAAAGCUGUCAAUGAGGCUAAAACAACUGCACAUAACACCUCACAAGAAAUCAACGAUGCCUACCAUAAAACCACAGAAGGAACACAAAACCUGAUCAAAAGUGUAGAUAAUAAAUUGAAGGAAACUGUGAAAGAUGUUGAAAAAACAACAGGGAAAGCUGUAGACAACGCUAAAAUAACAGCUGAAAAAACUACUGAAGGAGCUAAAAACAUAGCUGAAAGUACAGCGCAAAGUAUUGAUAACUCAUUACACAAAACUGCAGAAAGUACACAGGAUGUAGCUCAACAAACAUUACAAGGAGUCCAAAAUAUAGGAAAGAAUAUUGACAAUAAGCUUAAGGAUACUGCACAAAAGACUUCAGAAGGUACCCAAAAUAUAGCAAAAAGCAUUGAUAAUAAACUACAAGAAGCUGGACAAGGUCUUCAUAAUAUAGGUGAAACUAUUAAAGAUAAAUCUAGUGCUGUGAUUGAAGGAGCAGGUCACAGCCUUAAAGAAGCAGACCACAAUAUUGAAGGUGCUUUUGCCAAAGCAACGAAAAACGCCAAUCAAAAGAAAGAAGAAAUUCAAAGUGGAUUACAAAAUGUCGGUCACAAUAUAGACAACAAAUUGGCCGAAACUGGUAAAUUAUUCCAAAACAAAAUGAAAGAUACUGCGAAUUUCUUGGAUAACACAAGACAUGAACUAGGACAAGAAAUGGAAGAAAGUAACAAAAAGGCACAUGCAGAAUUGGACGACGUAACAGAUGCGGCCAAAAAUAUUUUUGGGAAAGGGCUGUUCUCUAGUAAAUAAAGGUACAUAUAUAAACUUCAAAUUUUGUAUAUUUAUGUAAGUAUUUCUUGAACUUUAAGUUAUUGAAAAAUAAAAAAAGAACUUGUUUACUACAACAUAUAUGAGAAUAUUUAGUUUGUUCUCAAACUAGGUGGAUCAUUUUUAGAUUUAUAGAAGUCACUGAAAUAGUUACUAGAUUGAAAGCAAUUACAAAUAAAAUUCUUAUAAAAAUAAAAUUAUACUCUAUGAGAACAAAGAACUACAAACUAAAUGAUAAUUGAAUAAUAAAUACGAAUAGGAAAGUUUGUUGAUCAUUGCCAUAGUAAAUUAUCUUUCUAAUUAGUACUGACCUGAACUGUUUUUAUAUUUUACUAACAAUAACAAGAAACCACAAGCAACAAAAUAGACACUGUUUGUUUACAUAAUUACUGGAUCGUAUAUAAAAACUUACAACUUAAAUUCAAAUCACCAGUACUAGUUAACAAAAGAGUUUAGUAUACAUAUGAUCAAACGAGGUUAUGCAAUAAAUUUGCAGACAAAAUGACGGUUAUAUAACAUAGUUGCCACGUUGUAAACUUUUUUAAUUGUAAUUUGAUUUUGAUUAUAUAUAAUUUAACCAACAGGAAAGAAGAGGAAUAAUUUUCAAUAAAAUUAUAAUUAUAUACAAAUAAUAAACAAUAAAUUCUGACAUAAUUUUUAUUACAAUAAAUUUUGCAACAUCGAAGGCCGAGGGCAAAGGCUGCCAACGUUCGUGAUGCAAUUUCCCCUGAUACACGAACGAUGAUUUGACUUACACUUUGAAUAUUCAAAUUUUAUUCAACAAGCAAUGUAAAUAUCAACAUAUUCAUAGUAAUUUUGAGAGUUUCAAUAAAAUUAAUAUUAUUAGAUGAUAACUAUAGCAAUAAUGUGAUAUGUAUAGAAUUUAUUUUCAACAGAAUAAAUAUUUGUGUGGAAAAAACAUGCUGCCACGUAAUGUUUGUUGUCAAAUUACAAUUAGAUAUUCUCGUUUAGUUGAUAUACAGGGUGGAACCCUUCACAGUUGAUGUAUUAAUUAGAAUUUGCUUUUAUUUCAGAUUCCUGGAGAAUGUUGAGGGAAUAAAGUUUUAUAUGGUCAAUUGGAAUAGGUCCAAGAUGUUAUAUUUGUUGUUAAUUUUAUAAGAAUCUCGAGUUAUUUAUAAAUGUAUCUUUGUUGUAUUUGUUACGCAGCUUAAUGAAUUUUGCUACUAAAAAACGCAAAAAUAUAUUGAAAGUUGAUUAUUUAAUAACUUCAUAAAAUUUACAACUACAUUUAUAUUUUUUAUACUAUAAUUCAACCAAAAAAAUUUUUUGAUGUGAUUUAUACUAUUUUUUGAUAUAUUGAGAAUAUAAUUUAACGUCGUUUUCUGAUAUAAUGAAUAUUUCGAUUGCUAGAAUUUCUUAACGAUAAAAAAUUUAUAAAUAAUUUUUGAAAAUGUUACUAACUGAAAAAGAUAUUUGAAUAAAACAAUAGAAAUAAACCCAUAUAUUUUUUUAAACAUUUCUUAGAACCUCUAACUCCCGUGUAAGAAUCCGUGGCACUAGCUAAAAUGAACAAAUUUUAAUCCAAAUAUUUAAAAUAUACAGUGUGAGUUCAACAAGAGUUCUAGUUAAAAUUGAAAAAUCAUCGUACUGUAUAUUUCAUUUACACUACACAUCAAAUGUGCACUGUAUAUCUAACUGCUAAAAUAUAGGGUUAUGAAUCACACGUGCUUAUUUUUAUAUGAAAAAAUGGCGGGAAAAUCAAUUGUGGCUGUAAUCAGUGUUGCCACAUUCAAAAUUACAAUUGUUGUAUUGUACAAUUAUGCUUGUAAAAAAUGAUAAUAUAUGUGAAUAUCUUUU